CUUUACCACUAUAGUUUCUUCCUUUCUCUUGGUUUUUAGUGUUUCGCAGAACAAGCUUUUGUUUCUGAGCUUUCCAAUUUCCAUGGCUCCUAGCUUGACUAAAAGUAAUUCAGACCUUCUUGGUCUCAUCGACGACCAACCACCAUCGCCGAUUAGUUUGGAACAAUCAACCUUUUUGGCCAACGGCCACCCAUUCCUCUCCGAUGUCCCUUCAAACAUCUUAGCUACUCCGACCUCUUUUGUAUCCAUAGAUAAGGCGGCGGCGGCUGCAACCACCGUUGGUUGCUACGUUGGCUUCGACGCCGAUGAGGCCAAGAGCAGGCACGUGGUGUCGAUAGGGAAGCUGAGAGGAAUACGUUUCAUGAGCAUAUUCAGAUUCAAGGUUUGGUGGACAACUCAUUGGGUUGGAGACAAGGGGAGCGAUGUAGAGUACGAGACCCAAAUUAUGAUCCUCGACCGGUCCGAAUCCGGUCGACCCUACGUCCUCCUCCUCCCUCUCAUUGAUGGUUCAUUCCGUGCUUCUCUCCAACCGGGUCAACACGAUAACGUCGAUUUAUGCGUGGAGAGCGGUUCAACUCAGGUUACUGAGUCGAGUUUCAGAAGCUCUCUGUAUAUACACGUAGAAGGUGAUCCUUUCAAUCUGGUGAAGGAAGCAAUGAAGGUCGUGAGGGGUCACCUGGGAACCUUCAAGCUCCUAGAAGAGAAGACUCCACCAGGUAUAGUAGAUAAAUUCGGGUGGUGUACGUGGGAUGCAUUCUACUUGACGGUCCACCCGGAUGGAGUGUGGGAAGGGGUGAAGGGUCUGGUCGAAGGGGGUUGCCCUCCCGGUCUGGUUCUUAUCGACGAUGGGUGGCAGUCUAUCUGUCACGACGAAGAAGACCCCGCAAACCAAAAAGGGAUGAGUAUGACGUCAGCAGGAGAGCAGAUGCCAUGUAGGCUCAUUCGAUUCGAGGAGAAUCACAAGUUCAAAGACUACCAGAGUAAGAUGACGGUGGUGGAUACAAAUGGGAAUACAAAUGAAGGUAGGGGUAGAAAAGGUAUGGGAGCCUUUGUGAAGGACCUGAAGGAGUCCUUCAAGAGCGUAGACUACGUAUAUGUGUGGCACGCAUUUUGUGGGUAUUGGGGUGGGGUCAGACCCAAUGUCCCAGGAAUGCCAGAGUCCAGGAUCAUAACCCCAAAGCUGUCUCCGGGCCUACAGAUGACCAUGGAAGAUCUGGCCGUUGAUAAGAUCGUCAACAACGGUGUGGGAUUGGUUCCACCAGAGAGGGCCCACCAGAUGUACGAAGGCCUCCACUCUCAUCUUGCAUCAGUUGGGAUUGAUGGUGUCAAGGUGGAUGUCAUCCAUUUACUGGAGAUGUUAUCUGAAGACUAUGGUGGAAGGGUGGAGUUAGCCAAAGCUUAUUUCAACGCCAUAACAGCUUCUGUGAGGAAACAUUUCAACGGAAAUGGGGUCAUUGCUAGUAUGGAGCAUUGCAACGAUUUCAUGUUCCUAGGAACCGAGGCCAUCACACUCGGUCGUGUCGGGGAUGACUUCUGGUGCACGGAUCCAUCUGGUGAUCCAAACGGGACCUACUGGCUUCAAGGGUGUCACAUGGUGCACUGUGCGUACAAUAGCUUGUGGAUGGGGAACUUCAUACACCCUGACUGGGACAUGUUUCAGACAACUCACCCUUGUGCACAAUUCCAUGCUGCUUCUAGGGCCAUCUCCGGUGGGCCGAUCUACGUCAGUGACUCGGUCGGAAAGCACGAUUUCCGGCUACUCAAGACCCUUGUCUUGCCCGACGGCAACAUACUCCGGUGCGAAUAUUAUGCCCUUCCGACCCGGGAUUGCCUCUUUGAAGAUCCAUUGCAUGAUGGGAAGACCAUGCUCAAGAUUUGGAACCUCAACAAGUUUACAGGAGUCAUAGGAGCGUUCAACUGCCAAGGUGGGGGAUGGUGUCGUCAUGAUCGGAAGAACAAAUGUCACUUAGAGUUUUCACAAGUCAUGACAUCGACAACGAACCCAAGAGAGAUAGAGUGGAAAAAAGGAAAAAACCCAAUUUCCAUUGAUGGAGUAGAAAUGUUUGGUGUGUACUUGUUCCAAGCAAAGAAGCUUUUGCUCUUGAAGCCAAAUGAAAACUUAGAAAUCUCAUUAGAACCGUUCAAAUUUGAACUUCUUACGGUUUCUCCCGUGAAGGUAUUGAAAACGAUCCAAUUUGCACCGAUUGGAUUAGUGAACAUGCUUAACACUGGUGGUGCCAUCCAAACAUUGGACUUCGAUGAAGAGAAGAACUGGGUUCGGGUCGGGGUUCGAGGAUCCGGAGAAAUGAGGAUGUUUGCAUCCGAGAAACCCAAAGCUUGUGGUAUUGAGGGGAAAGAGGUGGAGUUUGGAUACGAGGAUAGUAUGGUUGUGGUCCAAGUUCCCUGGCCUAAUUCUUCCAAUUUUUCUGUAAUUGAGUACUUAUUUUAACACUGGAGAGGAUGACUUCCUCAUCUAUAUAUUUAGUUUAGUGUUCGUCUUGGGGAUGGUAACUUAUGAAAGUUGAUUAAUAAAGUGUGCAUUG